GUGGGAACUAAGGUUGGACGAUUAGUUGUGUUGGCUAUUUUGGUGCUUUUUAUUCUAGGCUCGUGGUCCUACACAAACGCGUCGUCGUCCGUAGAUAAAUGGGGCAAAAUUUCAAGCAGAAUGUGCGACGGUGCCCGUCAAUCACCGAUCCCAUUGCAAUACGGCGAGGCCACGUACGCCCCCAACCUCUAUCCAGUCAGCGUCUACCAGCUAGGCAGAUUCAACAAAUCGGAAUACCUUUCCGUGACGAACAAUGGCCACACGCUGAUGGUGUUUUUCCCUUCUUGUUACUACUUUAUGUCUCUAAACGGUCUUCGAGAUGGGGAAUUCUGCAUUAAACAGUUUCACUUCCACUGGGGCACCGACUCCACCAGUGGCUCGGAGCACAGUCUUAACGGACGCUUCUUCCCCCUUGAGGUACGAUCUAGUUGCUUCCAUCUUUCUUCCUUCAUUUGUAAUUACCACCAUGUGGAGCAGCGAAUGGUCAACAACUACCGCAAAAUUCAAACCAUCAAUCCCGCCACAGUUCUCGUGCCACGAGUGAUCUUUCGCUCGUGGAAUCCAGCGUCUGCAACCACCACCAUGUCCGCAAUCGUCUGCGCGGCCCUCUUCGCUCUCACCACCUUCACCAUUUCGGCGGCGUAG